UUUUGUCGGAAGAAAUAUUUCUUCACAAUAAGAUGUGUUAUGAUGUGAGUAAUAAGAAAAUCAUGCGGGAGGAGGGGAAGAGGAUGCCGCGCUACAUCUUCAAAGAAUGUAUAAACAUCUGAUAUUUUUGAAGAUUUUAUUUGAUUUAAAAGAGGAGAGGGGAGGGGAGGGGAUUGCUUUGUAUUUAUUUUUAUUUUUUUUUAAAACCUUCUUUUGCUCCUCCCAUUUUUUUAUAUUAUUUACCUUAAUAAGUAAAGAAGGAGAGAGAUUAGAGAAUUUAAACAGAAACAAAUAAUUAACAAAACUAUUCCGGAAAGGAUACGGUGAGGAAUAGAAUACAAACGUGUAAUUUUCCGGAAGGGUUAUAAACACCAGAUAAUUGUAGGAAGAUGAACAAUUCCGGAAAAAGAUAUAAAUAAUUCUGAGAGAGAAAAAAGAUGAAAAGAAAAGAGAUUCUGA